CCUCGCUCUCUCGGCAUUCAUGCCUUUUUGGCCCUCCCUCGGCAGCGGGCGAGGAAUAAAGCGGCGCUGGCGGAGCGGGGGGCGAGGCUGGGCUGAGGGAGCCGUGAGCCGGCGGAGGGGACGCCUGGAGCACCGGCAGCGCCAGGUGGGAGUGAGAUUUGGGCUGGGAGAAAGGGAAGACGUGACACGUGCUUUGCGGAGGCAGGUGCUCCCAGGCAGCUGGGCAGCUGCCGGGAAUCCGACAACUCCGUUCCUUUCUGCGCCUUUAAAGCCGGGAGCUGAGAGCCACGGGGAGAAGAGAAGGGGCUGGUGCAGAGGGAUGCAGCGUGAAGGCUCCGAGGCUGGGGGAUGCUGAGAGGGACUCGUUCCUCGCCGAGGAAAUCCUCCUGGAUGAGCAUCUCUGGUGGGAUCCUGUGGAGGUGGAGGAACGCUCAGCCUAGAGAUACCUAAAAAUGAUCCUGGAAAGUCUCAGAUGGGGGGAGCAGGGUCCUUCGGCCCUGCUGGGGAGGACUCCGGUGCUUCUGCUGGCAUCAGCUGGGAGGGAUCACUGAGGAUUUUUAGAUGUGCCCUGAUGCUGCAGGGUCUCCUUGCUCCUGGAAAUGCAGCUCUCUUCCAGCGUGGCUGAGCUCAGUUGUGACGAGACGAUGGACCCACCCGCUGAGGACUUCCAGCAGGUCCUGUCCAUUGACCAAAUCCGCUCCAUCCGUGCCAGCAACAACUACGUGGAGAGACCGGCUGCCUGCUUCCAGCAAGCCCGCUCCAACCCCUCCCUGUCCCAGCCGCCGCACAAGCAGGAGUGGCCCCAGGACCGCCUGGCGUCUUCCACCUUCCAGGACCUGCACCGCAGCCACAGCCAGCAGCACCAGAUGCCACCUCUGCAGCAGCACAUGAGCCACUCCAGCACGGCCAGCUCCGUCUCCCAGAGCACCACCGCCUCCGAGCAGCGGCUCCUCAGCAGCCUCACCCCUUCCCACUCCGGCCAUUCCCUCAUCCGGACGCAGCCCCGGGCCGGCGAGCUGAAAGGGGAGGAAUCUCCGCUGAAGGGGGCGGGGGAGAAGCCCCCUCUCCACCCCGGCCACCUCCUGGUGUGCGAGGAGUGUGGGCGCUGCAAGUGCCCCCGUUGCACGGCCGCCCGCAGCCUGCCCUCCUGCUGGCUCUGCAACCAGCGCUGCCUCUGCUCCCCCGAGAGCCUCCUCGACUACGGGACUUGCCUCUGCUGCGUCAAGGGCCUCUUCUACCACUGCUCCACCGACGACGAGGACACCUGCGCCGACGACCCCUGCUCCUGCGGGCCGGGCUCCUGCUGCGCCCGCUGGGCUGCCAUGAGCCUCCUCUCCCUCCUCAUGCCCUGCCUCUGCUGCUACUUUCCUACCCUGGGGUGCCUCAAACUUUGCCAGCGGGGUUAUGACGGCCUCAGACGCCCCGGCUGCCGCUGCCAGAGCCACACCAACACGGUCUGCAGGAAGAUCUCCUCCUCCAGCGGCACGCCGUUCCCCAAGACGCUGGAUAAGCCGGUAUGACCCCCCGGGGAGGAGAAGCAGGCUUUACUCCUCCUCCUCCUGCUCCACUCCGUCCUCCUCCUUCGGCUCCCCCUGCCCUGCCACGCUCCCCGCUACCCACCAUCAACUCCCGGGAAGGAGAUGGGUGAACUGGGGGUCCCCCAGCCCCUGGGAACACGGAGGCAGCACCAAGCCGGUGGGACACGGUGGGUUUGCAACGCGCAGGUGAGGGACCAGGAGAGCUGCAGGUGGCCUCCCUGGCCUUGCCCCCCAGGAAGUGUGACCCAGGGGGUCCUCGGGACUUCUCAGGGGGUUUGAGGAGCUGCUGCUGCCCCGUCGUGUGGUCCUUCCCAAUGGAGGGGAAGAGGCAGGUCAACACAUCCCCUGUGCGAGAGUCUUCCAAGAGCCAGACUUCCCUCUAUCUGCCUCCAGCACUUUUCGUGGUGGCCUCUCUCCUCUCAUGCAGGUCUGCUUUCCCCAAGGGGCUGGGGUGCCAUGGGGUCCCACUGGUGGCAGUGGCUUCCCUCUGGGCUUGGAAGCUGCUGGAGAGAAGCAAGCGAGCUGCUGAAGGAGGUGGCAUCGUAUUUUUCUGUCUCAAAGAGGAAGGGAAGGUGUGGGAAGCUUUAGAAACCUUCUGGCAGGGGAAGGAGCUAUCGGAGGCAGCCCAGCCCACACGCUUCUGCCCGACUGCAGCGAGGGAAAGGUCCCCUCUGGGAUUUGGCUGAGAACAAGAAGCUGGUUUGAAAUUGCCAUUCAUGUCUGUAAGCCUUGAAGGGCUGCCUCCAGAGCAGAACCCCGGCAGGGUGGGAGCUGCAGUCGGCUCCAUCCCACCACCCAGCAGAUGCCACCAGCUCUGUGCUCCAGCCCUGCUCUGGUCCCUUCCACCAGCACUGAAUUCACUUUAAAAAAGGCCCCGAAGCCAGCAGCCAGCAGCAGCCACUGGCCCUGCUCUCCCUGCCAGCCCUGGGGGCUCCUGCAGUCUCUGCCUUGGGCUGGGGGGAACAGAGAGCAGAAAAAGGUGUCAAAAGAGGGGACCCCAACCUUCCCUCCUUGCAGAAGCUUUCUUUGAGUCCUCACUUGGCUUUCCUUGACCAGCCAUGUCACCCCACCACCAGUGUCACCCCUCUGAGGCUAUUCUGCUUGCGACAACCUGGAGGUGGGUCUGAGCCAAGUCCUGGGCUGGGCCAUCUGCAGAGCAGUAGGAAACCUGAAUCGGGGUCAGGGCUUCACGGGUUACCUGCUGGGACAAUAAUUAACCCAACCCAUGGCUGUGGUUGGAGGGGACCUCCUCCAGGUCCUGAGCUCAGCCCCGUCUCUGCUUCCAAGUACGUGGAGUUGUGACCCCGCUGCCUGGUCGCUCCGGGCAGCUUGGAGCUGGGAUGAUGUCCUGGUCCUUGGUCUCCUCUGAGGUGUGUGAGUGCAGAGGGAAGCGAAUGGUUCCCCUGGAGAUAUAUAUGCAACGUGUCCUUUGGCUUCCUCCAAGACCCGGGGCUCAUCCCUCACCUUCCCUCAGCCACCCCCUCACGCAGAGUUCUGUGGAUCUAUUUUUGUAUAUAUAAAUAUAACGCUAGGCUGGCUAGGUCUAUUACUAAUAAUAUUCAUGAUACUGCUGUGAACGGUGCCAGAUGUGAGGUUUGGCUUCCGGGUACACUUGCACAUGCUGGGAGAUGAGUUCCUGGUCUGUUUAUUGCUAAUCCCAGACCUUUUGUUCCUAGGGAGUCAGGAGAGGGGGAAAGGAGGGUUCCCAGGUUGUGCUCUUUGCAGGAAGAGGGUUUUGUUCCGUGCUGGCUGGGGCUGAGGCAGGCGGCAGACCCUGGUGGUGGGAUUCCUCUUCCCCUCCAUUUGCUGUCUAAAAAUCGUGGCUGAUCCAGGCUCCCUGUGCUGCAGAGCAGAGGUUCCAGGGCGUGAUUCAUCCCUCUUGAAAGCCUUAUUCAUUCAGUGAUGCUGGCAGCGCCCGCCCCGACCCACGUGGGGCCCGGCCCUCGAGCUCCUGCUUCCCUGUGCAAGGGGAGAUGAAUCCCAUCCCUGGGGAGAAGGUUGUGCCUGGGCUGUGUUAUGGACGUGACCAAAAUCCUCGCUCUGAUUUCACCAGGAGCCUGAGAGGGGAUGUUGGAAGAUCCUGCCUCUGGCCAAAGAUGGAGACCGCACUUCCACACGCUGGGGGGAAUUCCGGAUGGUGCUCCAGGUCACGGGGGGGGGCUUCCCCUGGCACUGGGAAGGGAGACACCCAUGCCAGUGUAGUUUGCACGUCUUCUGAGGCCAGCCUUGGACUCUGGAAACCGUUUGGGUUUUGAGGCAAUGACCUUCCCAGAGGGUGCCCCGUGGGUGCGUGUACCCCUGUCAGAUCACCCCGUGUCUCUGGGGCAGCAGUUCUAAAAUAUAUUGCAAACCUAUUUAUCCAUAUGCCAAUAACUGCUUGGCUGCCUCCUUCCAAGCAGUGUCUGGUCAGAGGCUUCCACCAAGAGACACCUUUCCUCUGGAACACUCGGUUCACUGUCCUGUUGGUGCUGAUUAAACUCCUUCCUAAAAAAAUGCAACACUUUUUUAGGGAACAAAAAAAGGUCUUUUUUUUCACUGAGGAUGUGAGGAACUUGAAUGUGAAAUAGUUCAUUGAAACUUUUUUAAAGAAAACUAAUGAACAGAGUUUUCCAACUUGCUCUACUUUGAUUUUUUUUUUAAUUUUUUUUUUUUUCUCCUCCUUUUUAAAUGGAUCCUACAUGUAAAUUUAGUUACCACCUCUGUAUCUCGCCAAUUCAUUGCUUCCUCUCCUGAUGGUGGAAUGACUCAACAUGUGAAGCUUCAUCAUUUUCACGGCCUCCAAAGUCGUGCAAGCACGGGGGGGGUGACCUCCCCCAGGUGCUGGAGCUGAUGGAUGAGAAGAUGGCUGUCCACCCAGCUGCUCCCCAGAGCCAGCCUGGCUGGGCAGCAGCAGCAUGAGGAGCAGCCCUGCACUUUCCUGCAGCACGUUUCCCUUCAGGAGCUGGUGGGAGGCCAGGACACCUGCCAGUACCUUCUACCUAAUGGGAUUUUUCUGGGUCAGCACAGAAGUCCCGUUUCUCCCAGGGCGUGGAGCCAUAGCCCGGGGGCAGGGCUGAGGAGUCCAGCCAGGUCUCUUGAAUGUCUCAUCUCCAGGAAAUGAGAAGCCUGGGAGAUGUAUGUGAUGAAAUCGGGACAUGUCAAAGGGAAUGGGAGAGGAGGAGAACCCCUGGUGGGCACUGGGGGUGUGAGAGCAGCACAGGGCUCGGGCUGAGGGCAAAGCACAGAGCCAGGGCCUGGCCUUGCAGCCCCAUGGGCUUGAGAAGUCUGGAGCUGCUGGCCCCUGCCCUGCUCCCAGGGGCAGGUGGCUUGGCUUCACGUGGGGUUACUGCUUCUCACUCCAGCUGGGGGGGCCUUGGCAAGCUCCCAUCCUUGCUCCCAUUCCUGGCUCCCAUUCCUCACUCCCCCUCCUCUCUCCCAUUCCUUGCUCCCACUCCUCACACCCACUCCUUGCUCCCACUCCUUGCUCCGGUUCCUCGCUCCCACUCCUUGCUCUCAGCAGAAAGGACAGGUUGGGAUUUGCCCUCCAAGGAGGCCAACUCUGCUUCCCUGGAAGCUGUGGGGACCCACUGAUCAUGUUUUCCCCCCGAUCUGUUCCUAAAAUCUCCAGACAGAUCCAUCCUGCUCCCUCCCAGCUCCACUGCCAGGCAGUCUGGUUUCCCUGCAGAGACGACUCCAGCUUUGGCUGGGGCUGUGAGCCCCUCUCCUGCCCCACCUCGUCAUGAGUCAGAUCACAUCGGCUCCAGAUGAUUCUCUGCAGCUACUUGCCCUGGCAGUUUGGGUUUCUCCACAUCCUAAUGUGUCUUUUUUGGUUUUAUUUUGGGAGAAUCACAUGCCAAGUCCUCUGUUUCCCCUGGGAUUUGACAAGGAUGGAGCCACUUCCUGAGGGAGCGUUUCUCGGUGGUGUGUGUCUCUGCUGGUCGUGGGCUCCUCUGCCAGGAAACCUGCAGAGCUGCCGGGCAGAUUUAGGUGGGGAAAGAGAGACUCAGGUGCCAAAGGAGCAGGAGACAGGAGCUACUGAGCAGGACCUGAGCUCCCCCUGCUCUGCUCCCCAUCCAGGAGCUCCUCGUCCCACCCAGACCUCCACAGCUCCAUCCCUACAAGAGUUCCUGCUGGUGCUUGCUUUCUCUAAAGCUUCCCUUGGUCCCAUUCCCCUCCAUCCCUGCUGUACACAUCCCAUCAGCCCCAGCAGUGGUGAGGAAGGGGCACUGGGGAUGGAGGUGGGACUGAGAUGGGACUCCAUCCCAUCCCAUCAUCCCCAGACCUCCUGGUGGAAGGGCAGAAGUGGUCCUUGGGCUGCUCUUCACUCAUCCCUGAGAAACCUGCCAGCCAAGUACCUCAAAGAAUAGGGGGCAGCUCUUAAGGACUCUACUCUCAGAUUCCCAUAACAUUCCCCAGCGUUGGCUCUUCCCCCUUCCCAUGUGUGAACCCAAAGGCUGUUGGGGAAGUCUCAUCCACAAAAGCUGCCAAGGCACAGAAGAAUCUGAGUGGCUGCUGUGGUGCAGUAGAGAGAGGGGUGCAUGGGGGGAGGUUGGCACAGUGGGGCUGCUCCCAGCACCUGCUUUGGUGGUUUGCUCUCUGCCUCUGCCUCUUGGCUGUUUUGAGGGCUUCAGGUGUUGGAAGUUCUAACUUUUUGGGAUCAGCACGUGAAGAAAGUCAGGAAGGGAUGCAUCCCCACCCCAAAGCCCAUUCUUGGUCUUUGGUAGGAGCCAGUUCAGGCUCAGCUCCUUCAAAGAGCCUGUGGAGCCCAGGCCUGUGGGGUGCCUGCAGCAGCUGGAGGCUGCUCCAGGUGGGCCAGACUGGAGCUGUGGUCCCUUUGGGCUCAACCUGCUUUGGGGGAGUUCUCCGGGAUCUUUGGGGUUGCUGGCAAACUCUCCCAGAGCGCCUCUGGGAGGUUGCACAGGUGGGAUCUGCUGUCCUGUUUGGGGUGGUGGUGGAGAAGAUUCCCCUGGGGGCAUGAGCCAGGAGGGUAGGAUGGUCACCUUGCAGGGGGACACUGGAUGGACGGGCAGAGAUCACAGCCCUUGCCCUGCUGCUGCUGAUUCCACCUUCCCCUCCCAUUCCAGCUGCCCACCCUUUCCCAGCCGUUCCUUCUGUGUCCAGGCAGUGGCUCUGCCUCCUCCUGCCUCUCCAGGUGUCCUCAGCACAAAGUUCUCCUUGGCAGACCCAACCCCCUUGGCUUCCAAGGAGACUCUCAUACCAAGAACCGAAGCCUCUAAUUCUCCUCGGCCUGGUACCAAGGUCUGUACAGUGUAUAGAGACCCCUCCCCAGCUGCCUUUCUUGGGUUCCUUUCCAGAAGGUUUAAUAGACGUUUAUAACCUGAUGGCUGUUUUUUGACAAUACCCUUGUACCUUUUAAGGGGAAAAAAAGCCCCACAACCCCCCCCCAACAAAGUAUUUAUUUGAAAAGUUUAUUUUAAAGAUAAGGAAAAAGAAAAAUAACCUAUUUAUUUUAACGCACCCUCCUCUGUUUGGUUUUCUUCUCUCGCAAAGCUAAUAACUGUUACUGAACCACUGCUGAGAUGAAAGAAGUGAUUCCAUGGGUGGCUCCACAAGCCCACUUAGAGCAACUUAUUCAAUAAAAAUAUAUAUUAAUUUUGAA